GGAGAUGACCGCGGUCUGACAUCUUUGCAAAGGCUUGGUAGUAGCAGUAGUACUUCGCGAGAUGUCUUUACAAUAGCACCGUAAUCGUUUAAGUUUCACUUUCUAAAAUGUUCUGCGCGCAUGGUUUGAUCAUCAUCUUAGGAUAUUUUGCUACUUUGGGAGGAUCCCAGGAAGGCCCGAGGAUAAAGAGAACGAAGCCUUCUUCUUCGUCUGAGGCGGGAAACGACGUCGACAGCGAAUUAGAGGAAAGGAACAAUCAACUGAAGGCGAAUUACGUCCCCCCCGGAUUUAUAAGUCCCUCUGUAAUUGAAUAUCUGGAACUAGGAAAAUCUAUUCCAGGCCGACCAGGAACAGACUAUCCAGUGCUUGGAACAGUGCCUUAUACCAAUUUUUAUUGUGAUGACCAGGCCUAUCCUGGCUUUUACGCCGACGAGGAAGCAAGGUGUCAAAGUUGGCAUUAUUGCGACAUUGACGGAAGACAAACAACGUUCCUCUGUCCAAACGGAACCCAGUUCAGUCAAGCUGUCUUUGUCUGCGAUUGGUGGUUCAAUGUUAGGUGUGACCUAAGCUCGAAGUUGUACGUGAUUAAUAGCAGAUUAUACGGACGACCCAAAUUGGACCCCACUCUUCCACACCGGUCCAUAACGAAGCAGCUUUUGGAAAAUAUUUUCAACGAGGAGGAGAGAAAAUAGAAAUUUGUCAUAAAUUAACCUUAUUCUUAGGUGAUGUUACAUCUGUACUUUGAUGAUGUUAACAUAGUCUUUAGAAAUAUCUCUGUAAAUAAAUUAAGGUCUUAGUG